AUGGUGGCUCUGAAAGCAGGGAGCAGGCCGCCAUGGGUGGGCUUAGGGGCUGCGGUCUGGGUCCAAAUAGCCGCAGGUAAUGCCUACACUUUCCCUUUGUACUCUCCCUCGCUGAAAUCAGUCUUGGGCUUUAAUCAGCAGCAGCUCACCAUUCUUGGGGUCGCCAACGAUAUCGGGGAGAAUGUCGGGAUUUUGCCUGGAAUUGCCUGCAACAAGUUCCCUCCUUGGGCUGUUCUUCUUGUCGGCGUUUGCGCUUCCUUUCUGGGUUAUGGUGUUCUGUGGCUUGCCGUUAGCCAGACUGUUCAGUCUUUGCCGUACUGGGUUCUGUGGGCCGCCCUAUGUGUGGCCACGAACAGCAGCGCGUGGCUGGGAACGGCCGUCCUCGUCACCAACAUGCGCAACUUCCCAGCCAGCCGGGGCACAGUCGCCGGCAUACUCAAGGGCUAUGUGGGCCUGAGUGCUGCCGUUUUCACCGAGAUCUACACCAUGCUCCUCGGCAGCUCUCCCCCGGCCCACCUCCUUCUCCUAACCCUAGGGAUCCCCACAAUCGGCCUCCUCAUGAUGUACUUCGUACGCCCCUGCACACCAGCCUCCGGUGACAGCCCAUCCGAGCACAUCCACUUUGUCUUCAUCCAGGCAGCUAGCCUCGUGCUCGCCGUCUAUCUAUUAACAACAACCAUACUAAAAGAUUUGAUGUCUCUCGGGAAUACAAUAUCGUACGUAUUUAUUGCCAUCAUGGUCGUGCUAUUGAUGGCCCCUCUUGCAAUCCCUUUGAAAAUGACGUUUUUUCCGGAGAUUAGUAAAAAUGCAAGCCAGCAGGAUUUAGUUGGUGGGGACGGGGAUAAUGAGUCGAGUCAGGCGGACCCACUGCUGAGACCGUCCUCGUCGGCAGCUUACCUCGGGAGCUUUUACGAGCCGGAGGACUUGUCGGAAGUGGAUUUGCUGCUGGCAGUGGGUGAAGGGGCGGUGAAGGCACGCAAGAGGAGGCCGAGGAGGGGAGAGGAUUUCAAGUUCCGAGAGGCGGUCGUGAAGGCCGAUUUCUGGCUCUUGUGGAUGGUUUACUUUCUCGGGGUUGGUUCGGGUGUGACCGUGCUUAAUAACCUGGCGCAGAUCGGGGUCUCGCUCGGGGUGGAUGAUGCCACGAUUUUGCUGAGCUUGUUCAGCUUUUGCAAUUUCUUGGGUCGUCUUGGGGCAGGGGUCGUGUCUGAACAUUUCGUGAGGUCACGGACAAUCCCUCGUACAUUCUGGAUGGCGGUCACACAAGCAGUCAUGAUCCUCACAUUUCUCCUAUAUGCAUCGGCCUUAGGCGGGACCCUCUAUGCAGCCACAGCACUGCUUGGGAUUUGCUAUGGUGUCCAGUUCGGGAUAAUGAUCCCGACUGCAUCAGAAUUAUUUGGGCUGAAGCACUUUGGCAUCAUAUUCAACUUCAUGCAGCUCGGGAACCCGGUUGGGGCCCUUCUCUUCUCGGGCUGGCUUGCAGGCUGGGUCUAUGACUCGGAGGCUGCCAAGCAGUUGGGCUCGUCUUGCCUCGGCCCAAACUGCUUCCGCCUCACGUUUUUCGUCCUGGCUGGGCUCUGUGGGCUAGGGACCCUCCUGAGCGUGGUUCUCACGGUUCGGAUUAGGUCCGUUUACGAGAUGCUUUAUGCCGGGGGUUCGUUUCGCAUACCUCAAGGUGGUCAUUGA